GGACGAUUGGACGGACUGCGGUGCAUCUUCUUAAUUAACGAUUCAAGGCACGUUUCCGGUGGUACCGGUCAAGCCUAGUCAUUGUCAUCGGUAUUCGGACUCGAUAGAUGGAAGUAGACCGGUUCACGACCCGUUUGAGGCAUGCUGCGAUGUUGAAAAUUUGAAGGGUUGAACCAGCGUUCCUUUCAAAAAGGUGCUAGCAAGCCUCGAAUUUGUUAGUAGUGGUGAAUGUAGACAUAAAACUAUAGAAAGAGGUAAUGAUGACGACAUCACGACCAAGCCAGUUUUGGUUUGAGAAUUUUAGACGGUAUUAACAUCGAGUGAACUGGUCUAUUGCUCAAAGUAAUAUUCAAACCAGUUGCAUAAACUGGACGGACGCGGCCGGCCAGCCAGUGGCCGCAUUCGCAUUCACGCACCGAUCGCCAUUUAUUGAUGAAAUUUAGCCAGAUUACAGCGAAGCCGGGGGACUCCAAGGUAGGUGGAAAACAUGGAUUGCAGCGGUCAUAAAUCAGCAGCUCAGUUUAGUCUAGCUGUCGUAUGCAAUAUGUACUUACUAGUAGUAACGAACGGCGGGCCGUAAGGGUACCUUCGGUGAUUGUGUGACCGACUCUGCUGACCGUUACGUUACGUAAUCGAUCGAAGGCACGUGCGGUAUGGUUAUUCGAUUUCGUGUGCUGUGUAAAUCAACGACGACGACGACGACGGAAUUAGGCAGAUUGUUGGCGGAACCGGGACGGGGUGCUGGAGCUACUGCCGUUUCCUAAGCUAGCUGGUUGGUGAAGGCCACGCCAUCGCCAGGGCGAACUGACUAUCGCUUGAUGAUAAUCGAGUCAGUUGGUAACACAGCCCGGACGGAAUUAUAAUUAUCCGAAAGGAGUUAUCUCUAAAUGGUGAAAGCACAUUGAAAUUGUCAGGAACGAAAAGAAAACAAACCAAAAAUGGUCCAAGCAAGUCCAAAAACUAACCUCAAACUGCUAGUGACUGUACUGGCAACACUUCUGGCAUCCGCCAGCGCACAACUCUCCUUCCAAACGGAUGCCUCGCGGAACAGCUUCCAAAUCCAGACGCCUGGUUUUCAGCAGAGCUUUACCCGUUACUUCAACGGCCAACAGGGUAGUCUUCUGGCCGCCCAACAACAGCAGGAUCCUCAACAGGUGCAGCAAUAUGCGCCUCUACCUCAAACCUACGCUCAAAACGAUCCCGCCGCUUAUCAACAGUACUAUCAACAACCGCAGCAUAGAUUCGCAUCUCCAUUGACCGGUGACGCAGGACAACCUCAAUUUACCACUACCCAGGAAAACUACAUUAACCCUAACAUUAGGCUAGCCGCUGAACAGCGUCGAUUGCAACAGCAACAACAACAGCAACGACAAUUGCAAGGUGAACAACAGCAGCAGCAACAACAACAACAAUCACAACAGCAGGAGCAGCAGUUUUAUACCCCGCAGGACAUCCAGGCCUAUCUGCAAAGUCAACAGGCUGCCCAAGCCUACGCAGGUCAGCAGCAGCAGCCACAGCAACGGGAUCAGAGCCCCCAGUCGCAGUUUGAGUAUAUCCAGCAGUUGCAGCAGCAACAGCAGCAGCAGCAACAACAACAACAGCAACAGCAGGAUUCAGCCUCAGCACCCUCAUCAGCAACGGGUGAGAGAGCCACCCCCAACAAAGUGAUCGGGGUUGCCUUCUCACCCUCCAACGAAGUGUCGCAAGUUAAGUUCAGCAGCAGCGGGCUCAAGUAUAACUUCUGAAGCAGAGCACAGUUUCCGAGUUAGAAGGAUUUUUCUUUUCACAUUGUUAUCUGGCUGUCGGUCGGUUGUUUGCUGUUGUUCUUGUCGUUGAUGUUGAUAGUGUAGCAUAAGUUUGUACGCAAAAAAGGCAAGCGUCGUUGUUUUGUUCGUAAGCUCCGUUAGUUUUUAGCGCUUUUUGAUGGAAAUAGUUUCUGGAGAUCCGGUUGUGCAUAGAGAGUAGGGAAGACUGAAA